AUGUCAGCCUCUCCUGUUCAAAACACAAAACUCGGUGCUUCUGGAUUGUCCAUUUCUCCGCUUAUUGUUGGUUGCAUGACAUUUGGUAAAAAGAAAUGGGCCGACUGGGUUAUUGAAGAUGAAGAAAAGGUCUUCAGCAUUUUGAAGAAGUGCUAUGAUUCUGGUCUCAGAACAUUUGAUACUGCUGAUGUCUACUCCAACGGUCAUUCUGAGAUCCUCUUGGGGAAGUUCUUGAAGAAGUACAACAUCCCCAGAGAAAAGGUUGUUAUCAUGACCAAGGUGUUUGGUACCAUUGAUACCAGCUAUGAAGACUUUACUUUCUUCACUGAAAUGGAGAAGCCAGCUUUCGAAUUUGCCAACAACAAGGGAUUGUCUAGAAAACACGUUUUGGAUGCUGUCAAGGGCUCAGUUGAGAGAUUAGGAACAUUCAUCGAUGUUUUGCAAAUCCACAGAUUGGACAAGGAAACCCCCAAGGCUGAAAUUAUGAAGUCUUUGAAUGACGUUGUUGUUUCUGGAGAUGUCAGAUAUAUUGGUGCAUCUUCCAUGAAAGCCAGUGAGUUCUGUGAGUUACAGUACAUUGCUGACAAAAAUGGAUGGACCAAAUUCAUUAGUAUGCAAAACUUCUACAACUUGCUUUACCGUGAAGAGGAGCGUGAAAUGAUUCCAUUCUGUAAAAACAACGAUUUGGCUGAAGUUGGAAUAAUCCCAUGGUCCCCUAUUGCUACUGGAAUUUUGGCCAGACCUCUUGGUGCCAAAUCUGCAAAGAGUACUAGAGCCGAUACCGAUUGGGCCAAACAAUUCACUGGUUUGGACAAGUUAACUGAAGCUGACGAGACCAUUGUUAACAGAGUAGAAGAAAUCGCCAAAAAGCAUGAUACCAGCAUGGCAUCUGUUGCUUCUGCCUGGGUUUUGAGUAAGGGAGCUCAUCCUAUUCUUGGAAUCAACUCUGUUGAGAGAGUUGAUGAUGCCUUGAAGUCGCUCACCUUCAAGUUAACUGCUGAAGAAACUGCCUACUUGGAAGAACCAUACAAGCCAAAGAAAGUCUACGGUUUGUUUGAUUAG